AACCGCUUCCCGGAAGUUCCACGUCAGUGGGUCGGCCGGUCCGCGGGUCGGUGGGUUCCUCGGGAUUAGUGUCGCCGGGAGCCUGUGAGAGGCUCGGGCUCGGACAGUCGGAGCCAUGCCUCUUCGACUUGACAUCAAGAGAAAGCUAACUGCUAGAUCUGAUCGAGUUAAGAGUGUGGAUUUGCAUCCUACAGAGCCAUGGAUGUUGGCUAGUCUUUACAAUGGCAGUGUGUGUGUUUGGAAUCAUGAAACUCAGACACUGGUGAAGACGUUUGAAGUAUGUGACCUUCCUGUUCGAGCUGCAAAGUUUGUUGCAAGGAAGAACUGGGUAGUGACAGGCGCAGAUGAUAUGCAGAUUAGAGUGUUCAAUUAUAACACCCUGGAGAGAGUGCAUAUGUUUGAAGCCCACUCAGAUUACAUUCGCUGUAUUGCUGUUCAUCCCACCCAGCCAUUCAUUCUCACAAGCAGUGAUGACAUGCUUAUUAAGCUCUGGGACUGGGAUAAAAAGUGGUCUUGUUCACAAGUGUUUGAAGGACACACGCAUUACGUUAUGCAGAUUGUGAUAAACCCCAAAGAUAACAAUCAGUUUGCCAGUGCAUCUCUGGACAGGACCAUCAAGGUGUGGCAGCUAGGCUCUUCAUCACCAAACUUCACUCUGGAGGGACACGAAAAAGGCGUGAAUUGCAUUGAUUACUACAGUGGUGGCGACAAGCCGUACCUCAUUUCAGGUGCAGAUGACCGGCUCGUGAAAAUAUGGGAUUAUCAGAAUAAAACUUGUGUCCAAACCCUGGAGGGGCAUGCCCAGAAUGUGUCAUGUGCAAGCUUCCAUCCUGAGCUACCCAUCAUCAUCACAGGGUCAGAAGAUGGAACGGUGAGAAUCUGGCAUUCUAGCACCUACCGGCUUGAGAGUACACUGAAUUAUGGAAUGGAGAGGGUGUGGUGUGUGGCCAGUCUGAGAGGGUCCAACAAUGUCGCUCUGGGCUAUGAUGAAGGGAGCAUCAUUGUUAAGCUUGGUCGGGAGGAACCUGCCAUGUCCAUGGAUGCCAAUGGAAAGAUAAUCUGGGCCAAGCAUUCAGAAGUUCAGCAGGCCAACCUAAAAGCAAUGGGCGAUGCUGAAAUUAAAGAUGGAGAAAGAUUGCCACUGGCAGUAAAGGAUAUGGGCAGCUGUGAAAUAUAUCCACAAACUAUUCAGCACAAUCCUAAUGGGAGGUUUGUUGUGGUAUGUGGUGAUGGGGAGUAUAUCAUCUACACAGCAAUGGCUUUGAGAAACAAGAGUUUUGGGUCUGCCCAGGAGUUUGCAUGGGCCCAUGAUUCUUCAGAGUAUGCAAUAAGAGAAAGCAACAGUGUUGUAAAGAUAUUUAAGAACUUUAAGGAAAAAAAGUCAUUUAAACCCGAUUUUGGAGCUGAAAGUAUCUAUGGGGGCUUCUUGCUGGGAGUCAGGUCUGUGAACGGCUUAGCCUUCUACGACUGGGACAAUACAGAACUCAUCCGCAGAAUUGAAAUUCAGCCCAAGCAUAUUUUCUGGUCUGAUUCUGGAGAGCUGGUCUGUAUUGCCACUGAGGAGUCAUUUUUUAUUCUUAAAUACCUGUCAGAAAAAGUCUUGGCUGCACAGGAAACACAUGAGGGAGUUACUGAAGACGGCAUUGAAGAUGCCUUUGAGGUUCUUGGUGAAAUUCAGGAAAUUGUGAAAACUGGGCUGUGGGUAGGUGAUUGCUUCAUUUAUACAAGUUCUGUGAACAGAUUAAACUAUUACGUGGGAGGAGAAAUCGUCACCAUUGCCCACUUGGACAGGACAAUGUACCUUCUGGGUUAUAUCCCUAAAGACAAUAGGCUUUAUCUGGGAGAUAAGGAAUUGAACAUUGUUAGCUACUCGCUGCUGGUUUCAGUCCUGGAAUACCAGACUGCUGUCAUGCGGAGGGAUUUCAGCAUGGCCGAUAAGGUCCUUCCCACCAUUCCCAAAGAACAGAGGACCAGAGUUGCACACUUUCUGGAAAAACAGGGCUUCAAGCAGCAAGCACUUACAGUAUCCACAGAUCCUGAACAUCGUUUUGAGCUUGCUCUUCAACUUGGAGAGUUGAAAAUUGCUUACCAGUUAGCAGUGGAAGCAGAGUCGGAGCAGAAGUGGAAACAACUUGCCGAACUCGCCAUUAGUAAAUGUCAGUUCAGUCUAGCCCAGGAGUGUUUGCACCAUGCUCAGGAUUAUGGGGGUCUGCUGCUCUUGGCCACUGCUUCUGGAAACGCUAAUAUGGUGAACAAGUUAGCAGAAGGCGCAGAGAGAGAUGGCAAAAAUAAUGUGGCAUUCAUGAGCUACUUUUUACAGGGCAAGCUUGAUGCUUGCCUAGAGCUCUUAAUCAGAACAGGAAGACUCCCAGAAGCUGCCUUCCUGGCCCGCACUUACUUACCCAGCCAAGUCUCAAGGGUAGUGAAGCUGUGGAGGGAGAAUCUCUCAAAAGUCAACCAGAAAGCAGCAGAAUCCCUUGCGGACCCCACCGAGUAUGAAAACCUUUUCCCUGGAUUAAAAGAAGCCUUUGUUGUGGAGGAGUGGGUCAAAGAGACACAUGUGGAUUUGUGGCCAGCCAAGCAGUACCCUCUUGUCACGCCAAAUGAAGAGAGAAAUGUCAUGGAAGAGGCAAAAGGCUUUCAGCCCUCAAGGGCCACAGCUCAGCAGGAACCUGAUGGGAAACCUGCUUCUAGCCCAGUUAUCAUGGCCUCCCAAACCUCCCAGAAAGAAGAAAAGAGCUUACUGGAACUAGAAGUUGAUUUGGAUAAUUUGGAAUUAGACGACAUUGACGCAGCAGACAUCAAUCUGGAUGAAGAUAUUCUGGAUGACUGAACAGUUUGCCAUUUACUAAAUAACAGAUGAAGACAAAUUGAUCACCACCCUGACCAGGAACUAUGGAAACUCCUUGAUUUGCAUAUGUAAACAAGGGAGAACACAGCCAUUUCCUCAUCUUCAGAGGAGUUGAUGGGCAGCAUUUAAGUUACUAUGUUCUCCUUGUUAACUGAAAGACAUGCACUUUUGAUUUUUUUCAUAUUGUCAUUAGACCACCUCAUAAAAUCUUUGAUGAAAAUGGACACCGAGUUUUAGAUGGCUAAGCCAAAUAUCUCACUGGGAAUCAGCUUCAUCCUCCUUUCUUUGAAUAGCUAAGGGCAUUUUUCCAACCCUCAUUCUGACCUUUCUCUACAGUUUGGCUUGUGGGCAUACCUCCUGACCAGUCCAGCUGGGCUGUCAACAUAGCUGUUGCCCUCUUUAUAUCCUGGAGGUGUUUUUUGUUUGUUUUACCUGCACUAAUGUAAAUAGAGGAAUUCAUAACCAGGCACUCAAAUAUAAAUUUCAGUCAUCUCCAUGUGCAUAGAAAUUGAGUAAGGUAACACAUUUUUGCGAAUUUAAAAAGCAGAAAACAAAUGACAUAUUUUUAAUUGUUCUCAGGAUGCUGCAGAAUGACUGAUGACUAUUUCUUGAUAUGUUUGGAGUGCUAAUUCUAUAUAUGGUCCUCUCUGUGCUUCUGUUUUUGCGAAGACCUAUUGAAAAAACAAAAAAAGUUCUAGAGCAACAGGAUACAGUGUAUAAAGUCAGUUUUAAGACAUCAUUAACAUUUCUGCAGUAGGAACACAAUUCCCAAUAAGGUCUUUUUGAGUGCCCCAAUAAUCUUGAAUAGAAGUGAUAAAUGUAUGUAGACAUAGACAGCUGCAGCAAUACUAAUUCUAAACCCCAGAAUGGCUCUCAUCUCUCUCUGUUAAUCCACUUUCAGUAAAGAAUAAGAUCCUGA